CCAAGAUGGCUGCCGCCAUGAAGAAACGAUCAAUAAAUAAAACUUCUAGAAAACCUUCUCUCGAACUCCAAAGUUCAAAAGACUUGAAAAAGAAACAUGAUAAUUCUACACCAUUUGUUGGAAUAACAUUAAUUAUUAUUAUACGUUUAUGUUCAGCAGUAUGGACUAUUAUUGGUGAUUGUGAUGAAGUUUAUAAUUAUUGGGAACCUGCUCAUUAUUUAGUGCAUAAGAAAGGUUUUCAAACGUGGGAAUAUUCACCAGUAUAUGCAAUUAGAUCCUAUCUUUAUGUAUGGUUAUAUACGAUACCAGCUCGUAUUGUAAAUACUAUACUGACAGAUAAUAAGGUUGUUCAGUUCUAUGUGGUGAGAUUGGUUCUAGCUUUAAUCUGUUCUCUAUGUGAGAUUUAUUUCUACAGGGGUGUUUAUAAACAAUUUGGUGUAAAUACAAAUCGCAUGACACAAUGGUUUUCAUUGUUUAGUGCUGGUAUGUUCAUAGCUACACCAGCUUUUUUACCAAGCAGCUUCUCCAUGUACUUGACAUUCCUGUCUAUGGGUGCAUGGUUUCAUGGAAAUUUUAAGAUAGCAAUUUUGUCAACGGCUGCCAGUACAUUUAUAGGGUGGCCAUUUGUUGCAGUGCUUGGAAUACCAAUAGCAUUUGAUAUUUUAAUAAGACAGAAGAAAUUUUUUGCUUUUAUUACAUGGUGUCUUAUUGCUGUAAUCCUGUUUUUGGUACCAAUGAUGAUGGUGGAUAGCAGGUUUUAUGGAAAAUUAGUUAUAGCACCAUUAAAUAUAAUUUUAUAUAAUGUUUUUGGUGAACAUGGACCUGAAUUGUAUGGUGUAGAACCAGUAUCAUUCUACCUUAUAAAUGGAUUUUUGAAUUUUAAUUUGGCAUUUCUAGCAGCAUUAGUUUCUUUACCUUUUGUUUUAAUAAUUCAGUUGUUAUCAAGAUUUACCUCUUCAAAAAUACCUAUUGCCAUUGUUCUCUCACCUAUGUAUAUAUGGAUGGUGAUAUUUUUUACAACACCCCAUAAGGAAGAAAGAUUUUUAUUUCCUAUCUAUCCAUUCUUUGCCCUGGCAGCAGCAAUCUGUAUAGAUCACAUUCAGCGUGUAUAUUGUGCUGUAUUUGGUGUAAAAGGCUCGGGUUUAAGAUAUUAUGAAUUUACUAGUUGGAUACCUCUAACAGUGGGCUGUUUAUUUACUCUUUUGUCAUCAUUUAGAGUAUUAGCUCUUUAUAAAGGUUAUCAUGCAUCAAUGGAUGUUUAUAUGGAAUUAAAUCGAAUAUCUAAAGAUCCUCAAAUACAUCCUAUACCAGAUAGUAAAACUGUUAAUGUUUGUGUUGGUAAAGAAUGGUAUAGAUAUCCUAGUUCAUUCUUCUUACCUGGUGAAAAAUGGCAUUUAAGAUUUUUAAAAUCUGAUUUUGCUGGUCAGUUACCCAAGCCCUAUAAUACUAGUUCUGAUGGCACUAAAACUAUACCAACAGAUAUGAAUGAUAGGAAUCUAGAAGAGAAAAGUCGAUAUUUUGAUGUCAAGAGAUGUCAUUACCUAAUAGAUCUGGAUCUUACAACUAGUUCAAAAACAGAGCCACAUUAUAGUGGAUCACAUCAGUGGAAUACUAUUUAUAGUUUACCAUUCUUAGAUGCUAGCAGAUCCCACCGAUUUUUUAGAGCAUUUUAUGUUCCUUUCCUGUCUCGAAAGUUCUGUACUUAUGGAGAAUAUAAUCUACUUCAGUCCAAAAAAUUAUCGAAAUCAUAGUAUAGAUUAAUUUAAUUUGUUUUUAUUCCCAGUCUUCAAUGUUGUUAUUGCUUUAAUUUUGGUCAUGUUUUUCCAUUUGUAAUCUGCAUUUAAAGGACAUUUUGACACAGACUGUAGACUUCAUACACUUUGGAGAGAAAAAAGCUUGCUAGCUGCCAUAGGCGUAGGUGCUCGAUAAAUGUUAGGGGGACAUAACCUGAAAUGCUGACGGCUCUCUCUCUCCCCCCCCCCCCCCCAAAAAAAAAACCAAACAUGCACAAAUUUUUGAAAAAUUUGACAGACGCAAACACGUUUUCCUGCUAUUCCAGCCAGUAAAUACAGCAACUUCAAAGUGGUCUAAUAUAGCCCAACUUAGGUGGGUGACUCAAAUUCCCAUCAAUCAAUCAAUAGUUUGCAGUCCACGGAGAGGGGUCCAUCAGGAUAAAAUUUUGAAAAUUUGACGGCUAUUCCAGCCCGGAAAUACAGCAACUUCAAUGUGGUCCAAUAUAGCUUACCAUAGGUUGCUGACCUGAAUCCCAAUCAAUCAAUCGUCACAGGGUAUGGGUGGGCUGGAAUAGCAGUAACUUCAAUUCCAACCAUCCAAUCAUACUGUUGGAGCUGCAUUUACAAAUAAUAAUCGAUGCUCGAAAAAUGUCGCACAAAGUUGAGUGGCCCCAGACAAAAUGUUUUAAUUCAAAGUCAGUUCAGUACAAAUUUUAUUUGUGGUAUUUAAUUAAAAAUAAAAGUAAAAUCAAGUGUUUUAUCAGAUUACGGGCACUUUAUUUUGCCAACUAGAUGAAAUAAUAAUUUCUUUUUGACUUUACCCGUCUACCCGAAAGGUCACAUUGCCCGAAAGUUAAUCAGGAUAACCAAAUCUCUAUGAAUAACACAUUGAUAUUAUUGGUGCUUUAUCACGGACUAACUACACAUCAGCUGACUAGAACAGUAUUUGUGUUCUGUAACCAAUUCUUGGGUUGAUGUGCUGGUUUAUUUUUUGUCAGGUUGCCCUUCUAGUCCUAUUGAAUUGAGCUGAAAUACAUUUGAAUUACCCUGACAAUGUUACUUGUAUCUGACAAAAUGUCUGGCACUAUUGAAGUUGUACCUGUGUAAGACAUAUUAAAAAUAUUAAUAAAAGCACAGAAAAAAAGACAAAUCUGUGCCAGACUAAUUUGGGUGUUCACAAGAGAAAAUAGACCAAAGUUUUGUUUAUAUUUUAAUUGUUUAUUGUCAUUAUAUCUUGUUCAUUGAUAUAUAUAUAACAUGUGUUAUUAUGUGUUAUAUUAGUUUAAUAACAGUUCUCUUCAAAGUGCUUUUUUGCUACAAUAAAAGAACAUAGCCUUCUAUUUAAGUUAAUAACACUAAUACUCUGCUAAUUAUAACAUGCAAACCCUAAGUGCCUCUUACCCCUUUCACACUAUGUUUAAAUCUAAACAGCUUCAAAAGUAUCGCUUAUGACCUUAACUUUGAAAGAUGUGUAGAUGCUUUCAUACAAGCAUAUAUAAAUGAGUUAAACAUGCAUUAUGCAAGAGCCAAAUCUGCUUAUUACAAGUCUUUCUUUAGGCCUGAAAUGUUAUCUAAAUUAUCAAUUAGACAUUAAUUAACUUAUCCAGACCAUAAUAAACUCUCGAUGUCAAGGCUAGCCUUCGAUGUAGGCUGGAUUAGAUUCCUAUAUGCCGCUAACGGCCAAAAAUAAUUAAAUCAGAAAAAGUGGAUAAUCGAGACUAUGCUGUUUAUAUUAAUGAUUUUAGUAAUGAUGACCGAGACUAUGCAAAAAUUUCACCCGCUUCUUUCUCAGCUCAUAGUGGAUCAAUUUGACUGAAAUUUUCAGCAAAUUACCUUUACACUAUCUAGUUUUUAACUAUUAUAGCGAGAACUGCCAUCUCUUUAUCUUAUCUCCCAUAAUGUAUCUUUAAACUGAUUUACAGUUUUCACAUUAGCAGCAAAGUAAUGCGUUUAUUUCAGUUAUUUACACCACUUCUCAGUGGUAUAGUUAGACAUGAAAGUACAAUCUAAAUAAGAUGGCAUAAAGCAAACUCCAUUUUGUAUUUUGUGGGGAUGAUAAUGUGAAAAAUAACUUUCAGAUGCCUUUCACUCUGCAGAGUAAAACGGUUAGAAAAAGAAUAAGAACUGUCUUGGGAAAUGUUUUUUGGAUCCAGAUAGCUUCCAUAAAGUUCCAAAAAAGUUUCACUUAUGGUGUGAAAGCAGACUGAUAGAUUUUUGUUGUCUAAAACUGGUAUGAAAGGGGUAUUAAAAAACCCUUAAAAUAUUGUAAAUAACCUCCACCAUUCCUAUAAAUGUUUUCAUGCAAUAAUGAUCUCAAUUUGUUGUUCUUUUAUGGAAUAAAUUGAAAUGUUAAUUUCUAUAA